GUCCGUCCGAAAAUACUGGUUGUUGUAUCUCUCUGGACAAUUUCGUCUCUCAAGGGGAAGCAGUAGCAGCAGCCAGAAAAACGGGUCGGAUGGAUUAUUCGGGUCAUGUAAUCAUAUAUCCUCUUCCACUCCAGGGGCAUGUGAACUCCAUGCUCAAAUUUGCACAGCUCUUAGAUCUCUCCGGCCUCCACGUCACCUUCCUUGUCACCGCCGCCGUUGACUCUCGCCUUCGAGCUCACACCGACGUAGAUUCCGGCAGCCGGUUCAGCCGCCGGUUCAGACUCCAGACUUUCCCCGCCGGAAUCUAUGAUGGUGACACCCAAUCCAAGGGCGGAAUUAAAGAGCUUGUGGAUUCAAUCGAGAAGAUUGGGAAGCCAUUCCUGAGGGAAUUUUUAACACAGACCAGUGAUUCCUGGCCACCGUUUACAUGCUUUGUUUCGGAUUUACCGCUCGCCGUGGCCGCGGAGGUCUGUGCUGUCGCCGCCGCCAAUUUGCCCGUUUACUAUUUUCGCACGGCAAGCGCUGCCUCCUUUUGGGUUUACUUCUCCUUGCCCGAUCUCAUCGAAGCAGGGGAGCUGCCUACAGAAGAGAAUGGGAUGGACUCACCAAUAACAAAGGUGAAGGGCAUGGAAGGUUUUUUAAGAGCGCGAGACCUUCCAAGAUUUUUUGGAGAAGAUGUCGUGACAAGCGUUCUGUCUCCUGAAACUCGGGGUGCAGUACAAGCUCGAGCGGUCAUACUCAACACGUUUGAAGACCUCGAGGGGCCAGUACUAUCCCAAAUAAGAACAAAAUGUCCAAACGUCUUCUCAAUCGGACCAAUCCAUGCCCAUCUCAAGGCAAGACUGGCAUCAAAACCGACCUCCUCCAAUAGUCUUUGGCAAGAGGAUCAAACAUGUUUGGCUUGGCUCGACUCGCAAGAGCCCAAGUCCGUGAUCUACGUGAGCUUUGGAAGCAUCGCGGUCAUCACAAAGCACCAAUUGGUAGAAUUUAUGUACGGCCUCGUGAAUAGUGACCAAAAGUUCCUGUGGGUUGUGAAAUCUGGAGAAUAUUCUCUCCCUCCUGAGCUAGACGAGGGAGUGAGGACGAAUGGGUACAUGGUGAAUUGGGCCCCUCAAGAGGCGGUGUUGGACCAUCCCGCCAUCGGGGGGUUUUUUACUCAUUCUGGUUGGAAUUCGACAUUGGAGAGCAUUGUCGCUGGCGUGCCUAUGAUUUGUUGGCCUUUCAUGGCUGACCAACAGACGAAUAGCCGCUUCGUGGGGGAGGUUUGGAAGCUAGGGCUCGACAUGAAGGACGUGUGUGAUCGUGUCAUCGUGGAGAAUGUAAUCCGAGACGUAAUGGUUAGGAGAAAAGGCGAGUUCUUGGAGAGAGCUCAGAAAAUGGCUAAGUUGGCUAAAGAAGCUGUCAUUGAAGGUGGAUCAUCCCAUUCCAAUUUUGAACUUCUGGUUCAAGACAUUUGUUCACUUAGAAAGCCACUUUAAUCCUUCACUUUGUUAAGGGUAUUUGUUUUGCCUCAUUUCUUUGAAACAACAUGUCAAGAGGCUUAUUUAUUCACCAUCUGUUCUGUAAUUUCUACAUGAAAUAAAAAAAAAAUGUGUGGUUGCUUUGUUUAAGAGAAGAAGAAACGUUAUGAACAAGAGAAUGUGUGUGGUGGUGGGUUUUUUCCGAGACGAAUACAACAGAAAAAAUUGAACUUUUUUUAAAAAAGAAAAAAUUGGUGUGGUU